AAUCUACGGGUUAAAGGGCGAUAUGCUUUCUUUUUUUUUAAUUUAACUUUUAUCCGAGACGGAAAUUACCCACAAUUCCAUGUGAUUCGUAACUGUAGCUGGGGUGAAAGGUCGCGAUGGAUGUUUUAACCGCACGGGAGUCUUUCCAUUGGUCAAUGAUCGGGUCACGUGGGAAACAGGAGGUCAGACGUUGCGUUCGGUGAUCUGGUUUUAGCGGGGGAUGAAAUAAGCUUUGGGACAACACGCCCAGAGCCGUAGUCGCUGCCAUGGCUUCGUCUUUCAUACACGAGAGUUUUAACAGCAGCGUGGACUUUCCCACUUACAUACCUUGGCAGACUCUAUCCUCGGAUCUAUCCGAUAAGCUCAAACACGGAUCGCUCAGGCUCAAUAGGAGUAACAGAAUCGAAUAUGCGACCAUCCACGAAGAAGGGGAGAGGGUGCCACUCUCCGAAGUGGAACACACUGGAAGUAUCGUCACACCGGCGGUUCGAUCAGGUGCUAGUUGGCCUGUUGCCGCCUUUCUUCUGGUUAAUGCAGCUUUAGGAGCGGGAGUUCUCAACUAUCCUUACGCUUACCAUCGUGCGGGAGGUGUCUACUUCGCUGCAUUUUUACAAGUGUUGAUGGUAUUCCUGCUCAUUUCGACCAUGUUAGUAUUAGCGUACUGUGCCGAUCUGAACUACGAUAACACGUAUCACGACGUUCUAUUAUCAAUGUGUGGAAGAAGGGCCCAACAGUGCGCUGCCCUUUCUAUACUAAUGACUUGUUUCGGCAUCUGCAUCACCUUCCUCAUCAUCAUAGGUGACCAGUACGAUAGGUUUUUUGCAUCAUUAUUUGGAAGCAAUUAUUGUGAAUUUUGGUAUUUGGAUCGUUCAUUUACAAUUCCGGCUACUUCUAUUGUCUUUAUUUUACCAAUGUGCUAUUUUCAGAGAUUGGAUUUCCUUCGUUAUGCCAGCACUCUAGGAAUAUUCGCAAUGCUGUAUCCCGUCUUCUUAACUAUUUACGAAUAUUACAAAUUAGAAGGUCCUAGAGGCGUGAUCAAUACUUACCCUCAAAGUGCCAUAGAAGUCUUUGUAGUCGUACCGGUUAUCUGCUUUGCCUAUCAGACUCAUGAAAUAGUCGUUCCUGUCUACGCUUGCAUGAGAAAUCGUAACUUGGCGGAUUUUACUAAAGCUACUUUUCUAGCUCUUGGUUUUCUGAUGGUUAUUUACUGCAUGGCUGGAAGUUUCGGUUAUUUGACUUUCGGAUCAUAUGUUGCUCCGGAUAUUAUGCAACAGUACGAUGCUACGGAUCCCAUUGUUUUGAUAGGUGUGUGUGCUUUGGUGAUUAAGAUGAUAACCACUUAUCCUCCUUUGUUAUUGUGUGGAAGAGGCGCCCUCGAUGGCUUGUACGCAGAAUUUUCGGGCUUGACCGCUGAUGAAUUUAUCAGCGGAGAAAAGCGUCGAAGAGUAAUCAUCACGUCGGUAUGGUUCAUCGCCACAGUUUUAUUGGCAGUUUUCACACCGAACAUUAGCGUCGUCAUAGAACUAUUAGGAUGUCUAGCUUCCAUCAACAUAUUUGUAUUUCCUGGGAUGUGUUUAGUAUCGCUAAUGUUGAAAGAAGAUCCGGAUAUGAACGAGUUCCGCACCAGAUGCCUUUUGACGCUAGCGGGAGUCAUGAUAGCGUUUGGUUCCUUUAUUUUCGGUGUUGUAGUCAUACAAGUGUUGAUGUACGACCUGCAAAAGGGAGGCGAAGAGCAUCACCAAUUAUGUUCCUGAAUACUCAUUGUAUAGAACUGAUACUCGAGUCUCGGCUCUAACUUCGCACGGAAGCUGGUAGAUGAAGAAAACCAGUACCUAAAACCGCAUCCAGUGCCAUCUGCUGUUAAUAAAUAUAACUACUCACUAUAGGUUUUUUUUACAAAUUCGUCCAACCCGCUUUUUACUAAUAUAUACAUUUAUAUAUACAUAUAUAUUUCUAAAUGAUGUAAAUUUAAUAUAUAAUUGAUUAUAGUACUUUUAUAAAGCUCUCUAUCACAACGUGGAAUAUAAACUAGUGUACGACGUUGUAUAGCGAAUGGAUGGUUUACUCGGUUUUGAAAUAGGGUUUUCAAACAAUUCAUCAUUUGAAAACAAAAAAAAGCAUAAACCAGACUAAAUUUAUACACUUAUCUAGAGAAAUGAGAUUAGCAUUAUAAUCGUGUGCCUUGGGCUUGAAAUUAAAGGGGAAAAAAAAGUUCUAGUAAGAACCUGUUUCUACCAAUGCCUGUUAACUUUCAUUUCAGAAUAUAAAAAAAAAACCAGAAUGGAUCUGAUAAUCAUU